AUGUCGUUGCAAAACUACCGUAUUCCUAGGGUCAACAGAGAUAAAUUUAAGGUUAUUUUUGAAUGAAGAGAACUUUUUGAAAUUGGAUAUUUAGGCAACCCAGGAGGAUAGAACCAACUCGCCGUCUAACAGAAUGCCGGAUAAUUACGAUAGAGGUGAUCGAAGGCGUGGUCAGGGCUAUUUUCGUAGUCGUUACACAGGAAUGCGCUUUCCGGAAGGGUAUUUUCUUAAUUUUGAUUUUCGACAUAUUUUAUUUUACAGGUGGUUAAAAUAUGAUAACGUUGGCAGAGAUUUGGAAGGAACACGCUUCGUCCCGUUCAAAACUCCUUUAAAGAGAGCUUUUUUCGAACACAAAGACGAUUUACAUCCGGAGCUUCAGUUUGACGUCUUGGCACUUGUCAAUUGCGUUAGCUUUUUUUUUAAAAUUAUAAUUCAUCGAAAUAAUUUUCAGGCCGCAAGAGCUGGAAAAGUGCUAGGUUUGGUGAUUGAUUUGACUAACACGAAUCGGUAUUAUGAACGGUCCGAGUGGGAAUCUCACGGUGUGAAAUACGAGUUAGUUAAUCGUUUUGAAAUUGUUGAAAGUCAUGUUUUUAGAAAAUUAAAUUGUCCAGGACAUGAGGUGAACGAACGGGAGGACAUUGUCGAAACCUUCAUCGAAAUUGUCAAGAAUUUCGUCAAUGAUCCUCAAAAUGGUACUUCCACCAGGGCAAAGUUCUGAAAAAAACCAAGGAAGAAUAUAUUCAAAAAAACUUUUUCAAUAUAUUUUCUGUGGAGUUUAAUUGAGAAUCCUGUUUUUGAAAAAAAGCAUUUGAAUUUAUCAUCUUUGAAAAAGCACAGAAAAAGACGCCAAAAAUUAUUUUUUUGUUCUAAAAAGAAGCUAUUUUUGGAACAUGUUCUUUCUUCUAUAAGGUCUUACCGGACUUUGAACAAAAACAUACGAAAUAAUUUUUUUUCAGAUGGAAAAUUGAUCGGCGUCCAUUGCACACACGGUUUGAAUCGAACGGGUUAUUUGAUUUGCCGGUACCUUAUUGACGUUGAAAAAUUUCCCCCGCCUGUCGAGCUAUCAGUUGUGAGUUUUUUUCGAAAAAAAAUUUUUUGAAGAUUUUUUUACAAAAUUAAAAAAAUUAAUCUCUAUUAAAAAAAAUAAGGCAGUGUGGGAAACUAUUGAAUUAAAUUUAUAUUUCAAUUUGAUUCAGAUUUCGCGCAUAAAACUUCCAGCUAGAAUAAUUUUGAAAAAUAAUUGAAAAAAAAAUGUUUCAGUGUUCGAAUAUUCUCGGGGACACCCAAUGGAACGCUCCAAGUACAAGAAAUCCCUGUACGAGGCCGAGAUUCGCAGAAGAAUAGUUAGUUUUUCAGCAAAUUUUAGAGUUUUAUAGCCUUUUUUAAAGAGAGAUGGUGACGAAGAAUGUUCCGAGGCCAUUCAAAAAUUGAAAGAAACUGCAGAAGCUCAAGAAGAUUCUUCAGAACGUCCACUCAAAGUGGAGGACGGUUCAGGAGAACCUUCGCGUUGAUUUUAAAUUUUUUUCAUAUCUCUAAUCCCAUUGUUUUGUUCAUAUUGCUCAUUUUUACCUCUGAUUGAUCAAUUCCCAGAAUUCUGUUUUUUUUUAAUUGCCCAAAUUACGCCCAGACCUUGCUGUGGUCAAACUGAGUAGUUGGUCUUCCUUAAGUGAUCCUUAGAAAGGCGUUAGUGAUCCCUCGAGUAGCUUUUUUCUAUAGUGGUUGCUUGAAUAAGACCGACGCAAGGUCUCGGCACACUUUUCUGUCGGGUUCAUAGUCUCAAAGAUUUUUUUUCAAAUCUAAUUUUGUUUUCACUUGUUAUUUUCUCUUGUUAUCCGCGUACUUGUGUUUUUAUCGACUCUCCCGAAAUGAAAAUUACGUGAUUGGUCUUGAUUUCGAUGGAAAUUCGGAGGUUUCGCACCAAAGUUAACGGUUUUCAGCAAGUUUCAGAAAAAUAAAUAUUUUGAGGUCAAAUGAGCGAGACUGCACAUGAAAACCUCGCUGGUGAGUUUUCAAAAAGUUUCUUUCUAAUAAUUUUCUUCACUCUUCGAUAAGUCUUGUAGAGGAAUGUUUUAUGAAUUCUUCCGAAUGUUCUUCAUUCAAAACUGGAAUAAUUAGAGGAGUACAGAAUUCAGACCAGUUUUCGACGUUUGCUUCUCAAAUUCAACCGAAAUCUCAGAUAAAUUGCUAUUCUCGAAAUUUUUUCAACCUAAACUUUCUUACUCAGUUCCUUUCCCUAAUAUGAAGUCGUUCAAAUACUUCCCAGAGUUUUCUUAGAUUUUUGUUGAGAACUUUUUCGAAGUUUUAGAAAGUUAUUAAAAAGAGAAUAUUUCAAAAAAUAAUGAGAAGGAAUCACUGCAAUUUUCAAAGAAGGUUAUUUUUCGAAGCCGUUGGUCCUUUUUAGGAGCAAGAUAAUUUUGAUCUUUGAAAAUGAAUAUUUCCCUGUAGUUUGGUCUUUAGAAGAGUUCUCAACGACCGGAUUAGGAGGCUCUGAACACAGCGACUCACCUGACACGCAGGUGGCUUCCCAAAGGUAAAUUGAUCAAUUUCGAUGUUUCCAAACUCUCGAAUCGGUAUAAGUUUGUGGUCGAGGUCAGUUUUUCGAUGGAAACCAAGCGGAGAGGUCUGAAAAUCGAAGUAUUUACUGGAAAUUACGCUUUCCGAUGAUAACAGUGGUUUGGAUUCAGUUUUUUGUUUGUAAAAUUUUUUAUCGCCUAUAUACGUUUUUUUUACGCUUAUAUCUUUUGAAAUUUGUUCAUAAAUAUCUGUUGUAGGAUAGCUUUUUUUAAAAAAUUCUGAAAUAGCUUGGAAAAAUUUUUUUCAGCAACUUUUUAUUGUAAUUUUUUUCUUAAAGAUAAUUUAAAGGUAAGGCGUUGAAAAUUACAACUUUAAUAGAACUAACUGAAAAAAACGAAUUUUCUCUUGGGUAAGUUGAUAAAUAUCCUUUUUGCGCAUCACUUUCAAAUUUUCAAAAUUUUCCUCAAGGUCCUAUAAAUCCUUGUAAUUUUUCAUUUUAUGUAUAAAAUAAAAACUCACGUGUAUUUUUCCAGCGUAAACAGGCCUUCAACUGCUACAUUUGAUUUUUCCAGUCUUAGUCGAUCCAUAUACAUUUUUCGAACAACGUUGAAUCUUCAAUUUUUCAUUUCUGAAUUUUUUUCUAAAAAAAUUAUUGAAAGAACCUCCAUUCGGGAUUUUUCAUCGCACAUUCUUUUUGCCCAACGGACGACGUCGUCCGAAUGAAUGUCGAAAAACGCAAGGCUUACACGAUUGACCGCAACAAUCCUAAAAAAAUAUUUCAUUUUUCUAAAAAUUAAUUUUUGGUCAAAUAUCUUUGAGUUUUGUGAAAUGAGCAUCAAGCAUGGCAGAGUUGAUGAGUAAAUUAUUAUUAUUAUUAUUAUUAGAGUUGAGGAAGGUCUCAAGGCAAAAACGUUUUUCGAAGCUUUUUUUGGUUAAAAAGCUUCUGCGCCUCUUAAUAGCACACCUAUUGAAGAUUUUUGAACGGAAUGAAAAAUUAGAGUUCUUAGGACCUCUAGAAAGCGAAAAAAUAGGUUUUUUUCUUUUUUUCUAAUUAGUUUAACUUUCCUGCUCAAUUAUACCUGUGGUCGAGGCUCUUCUGGCUCGGCUUCGAAUUCCCCUUCCUUGUUUUUCCCGGAUAAAUUUCCGAACAAGGCGCAAUAUCUUGUCGUUCGGCUUCUCGUUGGCAAACAUUCUGAAAAAAAUUUUUCUUGAUGUUUUUAUAGAUUCAAAAAUUUUUAAAUAAUCACGAGAAUUACUAAUUUUUUUCUACACGUUGAGGAUUCAACGUUUUCGAGUGAUUGAACAGAAAAAUGACAUUUUUUAAAUCAAAUCUCGUUUCAAAAAUAUUCCCUUAUCUUUUUGGAUACCGUUUUACACAUUCUGAUUUCAUCAUCAGCAAAAAUAGACAAAAGUUUUGGCUUUUUUUGAUUGAUAAGAUCUUGUUUUUUGGAGUUUUAAAAUUUUUGCGAAGUUUUAAAGCACGACAUAUGAAACUUUGAGAGGCGCAUUUGCAAGUGUGCUCCAUUGAGACUUAUCAAAGAGGCCUCUUUGAUAACCGCGGUUUUUCUCGGUCUUCGGCAGUAGUCAGUUGUUUAAAUGAGAAAAAAAAUACUAUUGCUUUCAAGGAAAGAAUUGGAAACAGAUGAAAAAAAUGAAAUGAUUCAUUAAGUUAAGCUUGAAAAAUUUUUUUAAAAACUCAGGCCUUUUUUUCUUUUUCGAGCAUUUUUUUAAAUUCUAAGACAUUUUCUUUGCUUCGAUAAAUGACUAGUAUACAUUUAUCAGUCUUGAAAAAGUGGAAAAAUUGAAGUUUCUGGUUUUUUUCUGCUGACUUUUUAAACCAAUGAAAGCAGAAAGUAAAUGCUUUUUGUAGCUACUUAGAAAUUUUUAGCAAUGUUUCAUACCUAAAAAAAUAUUUCAUUUAAACUUCUUUAAAAAAAUUUUCGAUCAUUCUUCAAGCCUGUUCACGAAGAAAAAAAAGAAAAAAAUGGGAAUUUUUUUCAGUGAAGUCGAACGGGUUGAUUCGGAAGAGACGGACUCGUUUAGCGUGCCCGCCCUCUUUUGCCCUUAUCACAAACAUAUAGGAAAACAUUUGGUCAGUGGCUGUUUUUUUUUUGUUUUGUCGAAAGGAAAGGUAAAAUUUAUUUAUAAGGAGAAAUAAAGUAUUAAAAUGCAUGUUAUUGUAAUUCAUUUGAGAGUUCAUCGACUUAUCGACUAAUCGCCAAAAAAUUGUGCGAAAAAAAGUUUUAUUUUGAAACUCUCAACACUUUCUACAUACUCCACUGAAUUUAUUGGGAAUCCUUGAAAUAGCCUCGGAAAUCAUGGAAAGUAUGCCCCAAUGAAUUCAAUCUGAAAAAAUUCUUCUCGGACCUUGGUAGCGCCCCGGAGGUGGAGAAGCAUUUCUAGUAGCCACUUUAGUAUCCUCGCCACUCUUAAGUGAUCUCCAGAAUUUUAGAAAGGUUCGGAGCGCGUUACCAAAGUCCGAGUUUGAUUAUUCUUCUAAUUCUUAUACAAGCUCCAAAGGAUUUAGUGUCGAUUAGGGAUCACUUGAGAAACGUUAUGUGAUUAGUAGUUUUCACUUGGGAUUCGAGUAAUAUUUCGAAAGUCCAACUGUUUAUUUUUUCCUAUUGGCGCUUUUGAUAAGGUUUUGCUUUUUUUAGUUAUCACUAAAGAAACGUUACGCCGCUCAAGUGUUCAUCGUCCAAAAAAUAGCUUUUGCCCAGUAAUUCUUUGAAAAACUUCAUAAAUGUCUCGACAUUCAGAUGCCCCUGGGGGAAACAGAGAUGCAGCUUCACUUGAUCAAGUGCAGAAAGGCGUAUUUCAAGCAUCAUCAUAAUACCGAGCUCUUGUGGUUAUUUUCAUCGAAGAAGCUUCGAGUAACGUCUGGACUUUUUGAGCUGUCCGCACAGAAUGUGUCUGGUCUCGCCGCCGGAGUUCGCCCUACAUGUGGCGAUGUGCCAGGAAAGCAUCCUGACCCGCCAGGACAAAGAGUUCAUCGACAAACCCAUCAUCGUCAUGCAAUGUGAGGCAGUUUUUACUCGGGGAAUUUCAAAGUGGCCUUCUGAGAACCGAAGGAGAAGCGCUCAUUUGAGUAUCUUGCUCACGAAAUCGGUAACUUUAGGGGCUUUCAGAGGCUCUCCAACCACAGAUAAACUCAUCCCCCCCUAUAAACGGCAGUAAAGCUUGCAAAAAAAUGGCCACUCUAGGGGAGCAUGCUAGUCAUCUAUCGUUAUAAACCAUAGGAAGAAGAAUUACUGAACAACUCGAUAAAUUUGCGUUUUCAAAUGAAAAAAAGUAUCGAUAGUUUGACUAACUACAUCUAUUUGAACCACUAUAGGGACUACUGAACAUUUAGGCGCUCAGAUGUCAGAACUUUAAUUCCUACAGGGGUCACCUAUAUUUUAGCCUGAUAGAACUAUUUUGUCCAACGUUUUUUCCUGACUUGUCUAGGGACCAAAAUGGCGUUCUUGAGAGAGGAUACAAGACCGGCUUGACAAGUUAUUUUGGAGUAAUCACUUGAGAGCUGAGAGCCAAGUGGUUACUUGAGGUGAGACUGCAGGACGACCUCCGUUCUGUUUAUCGGCUCAGCCUAAGAAAAUUCUCGAUUUGAACAAAUAAGCAACUUUGCAAUACAAUAUCUGACAUUCAAUGAGAGAUGUUCCAAGUGACCACUUGAGGGCAGAAAGCGAAGCGGUCAUGUUAGUAGUUUUCUGUGGAAAACAUCUUCUUUUCGAGAAUCAAAUUUCAAUCGAUUGAAGUUCAGUGCCUAACAACUUUGAUGAGAUGCUCCGACAGCAGGUGCAAGGCGACGUCACCCGAGCUCGUUAUGAUUCUGAUGGUUUUUAUCAAUAAAGUGGAACUUAAUAGUUUCUAUUGGCUUCAGAAUCAUCAGAAACCCAUUCCGGAGAAGACUCUGAUAAAGAUCGACCACGCCGAAGACGUCAGUAUGAUAGCGAUGAAGACGAGGAAGGCGAUAAUCGCUCAGUUAAAUCCUCCAUCAGCUCCUCCUCAGCCGAAAACUUGGACCUUGACUAA